UCAGUCUCCUCCCCCAACAGAUGCCAUGUGGCUCAGUGUGUGUGUGUGUGUGUGUGGUUCUGGGGUGCCGUGUGUAUGUGUGUGUGUCGUGUGAGGAGCUGCCCUGCAACCUCACCAACCCAGGCUGUGAGGAAGGUGGAGGGGAGGAGGAGGAGGAGGUGGGCCCUACCUCAGGUGAAGUCGUGGUGGUGAUGUAACCCCCUCGUCGCGGUGAGUGUGCGUUGAGUGUUGCAAGAGAAGCAAGGUUGUAUCAGUGGGAAUUUUGUGAGCUGGUACACGUAAACAAGUGCCAACAAGCCUAUCUGGGGGCCAUGAGGCAUUUAACUUCAUCCUGGCCAACCUCCUUAGUCCCUACCAAGCUGGGAAUGUACAACCAACACCUCAAUACCACCGACUACUUUUGAACACUAAUACCAAGUGCCAACUGUGUGUGUGUGUGUUGAACCGCAUCUGAAGUCGAGUCCUAUGAGAAGCAUAAUGAAGUACAGGAAAAAACAUUAACCAAUACUCCAAAACGCAUUAUCAAUAUUCAGGUGGUGGACACAGUUGCUCGGAGACGAGGAUGGCGUUUGUGUUGCUCCCGUGUGACCUGCCUACCUGGCCUACCAUCCAGCGCCACCUGAACUCACUCAAGGGAACCACUUCUCCAGACCACCUCACUCAAGUCCUCUACUCGCUACACUCACUCUGCAAUGUGAGCAUCGAGCCUGACCUAAACGAGAGGGUACCAGAGGACAUCUUCGCCGGGGUGAGCCACUACCUGAAGGAGGAAGCAGACCAGGACUUCUUCACUACUACCCUCCCGUUCAUGGUUGGUGCUGCCCUGAAGCUCAAAGACCUUAAACCUCCCAAAGGGCUUACGUAUUCCCUUCAGCAGCAAGGGGAAGAUGUAACGUUAGACCGUGAACUGGUGACGUCUCUACUGGCCCAUAUGCUCUUCUGUACACUACCGCGCCGAACCCUCGUCUCUCAUCCGACUCUAACUGACCCCUGCCUCGCCCCUACCCUCUCCUCUCUCCACAGAGAGAGUCAGAGAGUGAAGGUAAAGGCUCUGUUGCAGUACUUCAAGAGCGUCAGCCAUCAUGCCUACCCCGGCCGCUUAACCUUCUCCAGAAAGGUGAUGGUGAAUAAGGACUUCCUGAGCCUCAAGGAUUGGAUGAAGUGUGAGGAGGUUCUAUGUCCUGUUAAUAUACAGCACGAGGGUCGCCUGGAGGAAGCCCCCCCACCUGCCUUACUCACUUGUUUCACCUCUCCCAACUUGGCUCGACCUGCCCUGACCAAGAGCAACUCACAGCAAGUAUGCGCUAUGCUGAGUCAACCGGAGUUACUUGUUGCGGCAGUAUUUGUGGAGAAGCUUGAGGACAACGAGGCAUUACAAGUGUGUGGUGCUCUUAGAACCUCUACCGUCUCCAACCUCAAGACUCGACCUUCCUUCAUCCCCAGGAAAACCGUCGGGCCACCAGAUCUUAUUCACGUAUUGAUGGACGCAGAUGAUUACCGCCAGUCAGAGGUUCUUCAGUACGAGGAGAUUAACGUCUUGAGGGAACUGAACAAGGCCCGUCUCGCCUUCACCCAAGACCUGCCACCACCACCACCCAACCAAUCCCUCAGUGACAUAGUGUCUGUCUCGAGACAACAUUCCCGUGGUAGUGCCUCUCCCCCCACCAGGUUUCGCACACAAGUCUCCUCAGAUGCGUCGGAAGAAGACAAGAAAGGUGACCCAGGUUCCUCCAGCCAAGACACAAACAAUAAACAGCUUCCCAACAAAGGUUCUACCGAGAGAUGGGUUAAUGAGAGUGAGGUGCUGAAGAGAGGAGGGGCGAGAGAUAAAAGGGUAGAAAUUAUAGAAGGGGAUAAGUGUGACGUGGAUAAAGAAGGAGGAGGAGGAGUGGUUAUAGUUAGGGAUAAGAAGGGUGAAGAUAAAGAAGGAAAUAAAGGCGUGAAGAUGGUCGGGAGUGACGGACAGGUGGACACAGGUGUUAAAUCAAAAACAGGAACACUGCCUAAAACUCGACGUGGUAAAAAUGUUUCCAAACCAACAGAAAAACGAACAGAGAAAACCAAGGUUAUUACAGAUGAUAAACAAACAGAAAAUGAUCAAGAUGACACGAAACAGAAGGUAACGGGAAAUAUCUCUGUUGGCGAUAAACCACUGGAAAAACAAAUGAAAAAAGUGAAGGUUGUGACAGAUGAGAAGCCCAAAGAGAGACGUUCAGAGAAGCAAGACUCACAUGCAGGAAGUGUCUCUGUGGGGGAGCCCGGAUCAAGUUACGUUACGGCGCCAUCUACAAUGAAACGUCGUAGGCGAAGGAAGAAGAGCGGAGCACGAUGUACGACCUUUGAUGUUGCUGAAAAGCCUCCUGAUGGGGGAGUCCAUUCUAAAAGACCCCAAGUGGGAGACAGAACGGGAGAAGGAAUCAAGGGAUGCGUAGACAGAGUUAAAUUCAACGUCUUGGACAAAAUAGAUCACUCUAAAGACAAGGUAGAUGACGAUGAUGAUGAUGAUGAUGACGACGGCGAGGACGACGACGAAGAGACUACCAGGUUGUUGAAUAGAGUGAUGCGAGCUAUACAGAAGCUAGAACAGGAACGUCCCGAGUUGGUACAGAAGGCGUCGCUGCAGGAGGAACAACAACCACCACAACACUCACAACCCAGAACCAUAGCCAGACCUAAGGGUAAACCUCCACUACCAGAAGUCAGACCUCGACCAAACACGGAUGCUGCUGAACCACCACCACCACAACAACAGGUUACUCACAAUAAACAGAGGAUAGGUGAAGCCCCGGAUGGAAGGAAGCUGUCCCUCUACUACUCCUGUGACUCUGCUCCCCAGGAUGUCUCCCACCAAGAGGAGGACCCCUACUACAGCGCCUGUGAGAGUCUCGAUGGCCAGGAUGUACCCAGACCCAGGAGAUCCUCAAGGAAACGAGGCAAGAAGACGAGGCGAAAGUCCUCCUUCGCAGACAGGCUGAAGGAGGCGUUGGCGAGGAAACCUAGUGUGGACUCUGAGCUGCCGAUCCUUACCCACACCCAGAAUGACUCCGACGACGCCAACCAAACCCACCCACGACUGCCGAGAGUAUCCAGGCAAGAGUCGGGAGGCUUUGUGCUUGACGAUGACCUGACUCGACCACUCGGCAGGGAAGAAGAAAACAAAGAAGAGGAAGAGAGAGAACGAGAAGGCACGGAUCUGUCAGAGGAUGAGGAGGAAGGAGGUAGCAAGGAGGAGGAGGAGGAAGAGGAGGAGGAAGAGGAGGCGGAGGGAGAGGACGAAAAUGGAUCCAGAUCUUCUCAUUAUUCCUUCAGUUCAGACUACAUAUCAGACCUGGAGGAGGUGUAUGAGCAGCUGGAGGCGGUGUUGCAGGAGCAACAAGAGGGGCAGCUGGGUCCACGUACAGCUGCUAUUGCCAGGUUUGCUCACGGCCUCCUGAAGCGAGCCUUGAGUGAAUCCUACAAAGACGUGACCUUGGGACUGGACGGAUCAGCUGUGAGAGGGCCAGCAGACAGUGUGGGACCUAACUUAAUGCCAAGAUCUCUUAGUCUCUCAGAGCGUCGCCACCCUUCCUCACACCUGCUCCAUCCUCCACCACUACGAACCCUCAAGUUGUUGUAUGGACAGGGUGAGCGCGGGAAGCCUGUUGUUACCGGUAAUUGGGGUUGUGGUUCACUGAGAGGUGAUCACCAGCUUAAAGCCAUGUUGCAGUGGGCGGCAGCGAGUAAGGCAGGAUCCCCUAAACUCAUCUAUUACACUUACGGUGACCAGAACACAGUCAAGCUGGACAUCGUGUGCAGAUUGCUGGGUGACCGCGGGUGGAGGGUGGGUGAUCUGGUGGCCACGUUGCUGAGGUACAGUGAGUCUCGCCUCGACUCUUGGCGACGGAGGGAGACCGAACUGACCGAGUCUGCUGAUUCAUCUCUCCCUGAGUCUCAUAGGUACCGGAGUCCCUCUCUAGACUCCCUCACACUCUUCGAUGAGCUGAUUGGUGCCGACCGUCCCUUCAUUACCAUGGAAACAGAGCUGUGACCCCGACCCCAUCUGCUGUCGUACUGUUACCCACCUAUAGACGGUACUGUCACCUAUCCAUAGACGGUACUGUCACCCACCUAUAGACGGUACUGUCAACCACCUAUAGAACCACCUAUAGAAUGCAUCCAUACGAGGAAGGUAUCCCGGCCUGUUGUCUAUGUACACCUGAAGCUCAAAGGUCUUACUGCUCAAUGAACUGUAAACAAUAGAUAUGGAAUGCUACCUGAACAUACCUGUCUGAGUCACUAGGGCGUCAUUCAGGAAUAUGAAACAACCUGUAAUAAGUGUUAACUCCAUACUGUGGCCUCAACUGUUACAUCAAUAUCAAGUCAUUUUGUUUAGAAAUAUAAGGUUUUUUAACGAAUUAAAUUUUUUAAGAUUUUUGUAUUAUGAAGUCACUAAUAGAUGAACAUAAUGGUUCUUUAAUUCAUCUUUAUAUAAUAGCUCAAGAGGCGAGUGUUUGUAAAAAUAUACAUAAGACAGUUGAUGAUACGAGUAUAUUAAACCAUCUGUAUAAAUAGUUUAGUGUAUGGCUCAUCUAUAGAAUUAAAUGAUCCUGUUCAGAUAAUAGGAAAUAGCUGUUGAAAUAAUGUGUAUAAAUAAGUUAAAAAGGGAUAAUUUGUGCUGUGACUCCCCUUCACACCCCCUCCCUCUCGUCCCCCAUUACCCCCUCCCUCUCGUCCCCCAUCACCCCCUCCCUCUCG